UCUACUCUGUACAAAUGAAGAUAAACUCUUCACCACACAAGCCGGAGAGCUGGUAACACUGCAAUCCACAAUGUCCAGAAGAGACCAGCGCUUCAGGAGAGGGAUGAUGGGACGGUGCAGUGAGUGUGCCUGCAUCCUUUCUAACUGGUAUUAUGAGAGAGAUGGUGAGUUGUACUGUAAGAAGCACUACUGGGCCCGCUAUGGAGAGCACUGUCACGGCUGUAAAGACACAAUUACAACAGGACUGAUCAUGGUCGCGGGAGAUCAGAAGUUUCACACAGAAUGUUUCUCAUGUAGAAACUGUGCAACAAUUAUUGGAGAGGGAGACACCUACACUUUAGUGGAACGUUCAAAACUCUACUGUGGUCACUGUUUUCGACAGGGUGUAAUCACAGCUGAAACACAAACCUCUCCACUUACCAAGCGACGACAUAUGGUGGCGCUAGUGUAUUUUCCUCCUCAACCAGGUCGUCAUCGUGGCCUAUUCAUAGAAGUAGAUGUAAGUCCAGAAAAAGACCCCCUUCUUACUGUGACUGGUUUAGACCCAGAUGUCCUCAGUGCUGGUUUGCUGUCUACUCUUCAUGUGGGUGACAAAGUUUUGGAGGUCAAUGGAAUCCCAGUUUCCAACAUAACACCGGAAGAUAUCCACUGUGCGAUAGAAGAUGUGAGUAAGCCUUUGCAGCUGACCAUAGAGCACAACCCUCCGUCUCCCAGCGCCUCACCCCAGGGCCCCAUGAGCUCAGACAAACCUGCCCCCGACAAACCGACUCUGUGCCGCAGCCUCCCGAGGGUGGAGGAGGAGCCCAGUCCCGCUGAGGAGACAGGAGUGUCCACUAGGGUCAGAAUGUCACCUCAACACCAGGGAGCACCAGGAAUCAGGUCUAAAAACAUUAUACGAAGCUGCAGCAUAGACAAGUGUCCGCUGUCUCCCGGUUCACUCUCACAUUUAGCUCAGCGCAGAGACAUGGUUCGGUCAGAGUCCCUCAGAGUGGACCACGGGGACCGGACCCAUCGCAUCUUCAAACCAUCGGAUCUGAUUCAUGGAGAGGUGCUCGGAAAAGGCUUUUUUGGACAGGCUAUAAAGGUGACCCAUCAAAAGACAGGAGAAGUGAUGGUGAUGAAAGAGCUGAUACGUUUUGAUGAAGAGACACAAAAAACCUUCUUGAAGGAGGUAAAAGUGAUGCGCUGCCUGGAUCACCCCAAUGUACUCAAGUUCAUCGGAUUGUUUUAUAAAGAUAAAAGAAUACACUUUGUCUCUGAAUAUAUCCAAGGAGGGACUCUGAGAGAAACCAUUGAAAAGAUGGACAAAGAUUUCUCAUGGAAUGUAAGAGUGAGUUAUGCAAAAGACAUUGCAGCAGGAAUGGCUUAUUUACAUUCAAUGAAUGUGAUUCACCGAGACCUAAACUCCCACAACUGCCUGGUCAGAGAGAACCAGUCAGUGGUGGUAGCAGAUUUUGGGCUGGCCAGGUUGGUGCCUGAAGACAAGAAUAAAACUCCUUGUUCUUUGGAGAGACCUGCUCAAGGCUCGCUCACGCAAUGCCGUAAGCCUGACCGGAGGAAGCGCUACACUGUGGUGGGAAACCCCUAUUGGAUGGCCCCAGAGAUGAUCCAUGGAAAAAGCUAUGAUGAACGAGUGGACAUAUUCUCCUUUGGCAUCAUGAUCUGUGAGAUAAUAGGAAGGGUGAGCGCAGACCCAGACUUGCUCCCACGGACACUUGACUUUGGGUUGGAUGUACCGGGUUUCCUGCAGCAGCACCACCCUUUGGACUGCCCCUCGGCCUUCCUGCCACAGGCUGCCCUUUGCUGUGACAUGGACUCAGACAUACGACCUCCCUUCUCACAGCUGGAGGAGUGGCUGGGAAACCUCCUUAUGCAUCUAAACAUUGGUCUUCCUCUACACUCGGAGUUAGAGCAGCUCCAUUCAAAUUUCUGGAAGCAAUACAAUCACAUCAUUACUGAGGAUAUUAACACAUUUUCCAUUCCAAAAAACAACACUGGAAAGCAAACCAUCACAAGAGAUACAGAACUGUUCUUGGACAAUCAAAACCAAAUCGAGUCACUUCCUCUCACAGAAAAUAUGGACAAAAGCUCCUCACCUGAUAGCCAUUCAGGUGAAGAUCAGCUAAUACCAGAGGAGAACAAGAAAAGAACUGACAGCAGUCGCAUCUGCCCCAAAAAGGAUUGUAAAAAACAUUUGAUGAGUAACGGAUAUUCCCAGAAGACGUGCAGGACUCUGGGUAAAGAAGCAAACAAGGACAUUUCUAACUGCAAAUGUAACAUCACCACAGGACAAAAGAAAGUGCAUGAGCCAUCAACACCACUCCAUGAAAACAAUUGUGUUCAAGGUCAUACUAGUCGCAGGUUAUGCAGAGUACCAUGGGACAGCUCCAAAGAGGACUCGUAGCUAUACAUUUUAUAACAUUUAUAUUUAUAUGACA